AUGCUCAGUGGUAAGCAUGUCCUGGAUGAAGGUAAUAGGAGCGUUAUAAAACAUCUGGUUGAAGAAGGCCAUCUGCUUCACAAGCAUAGAUACAAGCACAAAUACCCAUAUGAUUGGCGGUCUAAGCUCCCAAUUAUCAUCCGCGCGACGGAACAAUGGUUCGCCGAUGUAGGUGACAUCCGCCAGCAAGCUGUUGGCGCCUUACAAACCGUUCGUUUUGUGCCUCCAUCCGGUAAGGCUAGACUGGAAGCUUUUAUCAAAAACAGAAGCGAAUGGUGCAUUUCCAGGCAGCGAGCCUGGGGAGUCCCGAUUCCUGCGCUUUACCACCAGGGAACUGGUGAAGCUGUCCUAACGAGAGAAAGUGUUACUCACAUUAUGAACGUCAUUAAAGAUCGAGGAAUUGAUGCCUGGUGGACAGAUGCUGCGGACGAUAAUACAUGGAUACCGCCGUCUCUUCGCGAUGCUGCCGGACCAGGGUACGUCCGAGGGACUGAUACUAUGGACGUGUGGUUCGAUAGUGGAACUAGCUGGACACGGAUGAAAGGCAAAGACGGCUUUGGUUCUAUUAGAUCCGAUGUGUAUCUUGAGGGAACAGAUCAACAUCGUGGGUGGUUCCAAUCAAGCCUGCUAACCUGUAUCGCGAAUCAACUUGCAAAGAGUUCAAACGGCAUUUUCAGAGCGCCGUUCAAAACUCUUGUCACGCACGGAUUUACACUCGACCAAUCUGGUCGCAAAAUGAGCAAGUCGAUUGGAAACAUAAUCCAUCCGCACGAGAUUAUGAAUGGCACACUUCUCCCUCCUUUGAAAAUCAAAAAAACCAAGGGUUCAAAAGGGGAGCCAACUGCGCCCGUCUAUGAUGCUCUGGGACCAGAUGCGUUGCGCCUCUGGGUUGCUGGAAGCGACUAUACAAAGGACGUGGCCAUUGGGAAGCAGAUUCUCAAAGCCACCAACGGCAGUCUUCACAAAUAUCGCGUCACAUUCAAACUCAUCCUUGGGGCCCUUCAAGACUUUGAUCCAAAGAGCCAGGUCCCUUAUGAAUCGCUUCGGGCAACCGACAAAAUUGCGUUGUCGCAACUGCGAUCACUUGUCCUCACCUGCCAGGAAGCAUUCGAAAACCUGGAGUUUUUCAAAGCUGUUACUGCAAUCAACCGAUGGGCCAACGCCGAUUUUUCUGCAUUCUACAUAGAAUCGAUCAAGGAUCGAUUGUAUGCAGACUCAGCUGGCGGAUUAAGCAGAAGAGCUGCCCAAACCACUCUCUUCCACAUCUAUUCCCAUAUCCAAAGUAUUCUAGGCCCGUUCGUCCCACUACUCGUUGAGGAGUCGUGGGAACACUGCCCCGACAUCGUCAAGUCCAAUAUGCAGCAUCCUUUCCAUCGCGUCACGGUUCCUCCAAACCCGGAAUGGGAGAAUCCAAUCUUGGAGAAGGGAUAUCCAGCGCUGAUGGCUGCCAACGCGGUCGUGAAGUUGCUGCAAGAAACGGCCCGAGUUAAAAAGCAAAUGGGCUCUUCUCUUCAAUCAUAUGUCCAUCUGAACGUCCCUGGCUCCGUCAACCCGUUCCAGGAAUUUGGCACUGAUGAAUUGGCCGAUGUGUUCGUGGUGUCUUCUGUUACUUCGGGGGAUGGGAGUCACGAAGCGCCUCGAGAGAUCGAAAACGCGGAGUGGAGUUACGAGGGCGAGUUUAAGUUGCCCAGUGGCGAAAUGGGCAAGGCAUGGAUAUACACUCCCAUUGAAGGAAAGUGUGCAAGAUGCUGGAGGUAUCUCGUUGCUGAAGAGAACAUGGCGGCAGACGCGCUGUGUCAGAGAUGUGAAGACGUUGUCAGUGACCUACCCGACAGUGGGCAAUGA